CUGAGCUCGGCCCUUCAGUAACCACCACCCGGCUACCCGCGCAUUCACCGCCACCACCACCAACUGACAGCGGAUCAUCAAUUCACCGACCCCCAAAAUCCCCCAGGUCCCCGAAGUAAACCCGACAACAACCACCAUCAACAACCCUUACCACGCCCUCCAACCCUCUCAGUGCCAAAUACACCCUCACCCCAGAUGGCGACCCCAAUGGCGACCUCCCUCCGCCUCCUCCGCCUGCGUCCACGCACCACCACACCCCUCACCUCAACCCUCACCACCCGCACCUACCACUCCGGCGAUCACCCUCCCCCGCCGGGCCCAUUCAACGCCAUCGAAACCACCAUCCUCUCCUCCUCCCUCCCCCACAUCCCCGUCCACGGCUUCACACCCACGUCCCUCCACCUCGGCGCUAAAGACGCGGGAUACCUCGAUGCGUCUACCAACCUCUUUCCGGGGGGUGCGUUCAGUCUAGUGCAGUACUACCUCUACACCCAGCGCCAGGCCCUCGCCUCGCGGACCGACAUCACAAACCCCGUCGUGGAUCCGAGUAGCAAGACCAGGCCACCGGGUGUAGGCGCCAAAGUCAAAGCCCUAACCUGGGCGCGGCUCCAAGCCAACGCCGGCGUAGCAUCCAAGCUCCCCGAAGCUCUAGCCCUCAUGUCACUCUUCGGCAACAUCCGCCCCUCGCUGAAGGAACUACAUCUUCUCUCUGACGAAAUAUGGUUUUUGGCGGGAGACGUGGCGGUUGAUUCGAGCUGGUACACUAAGCGCGCGAGUCUGGGGGCGGUGUAUGCGGCGAGCGAGGUGUUUAUGAGUACGGAUGCCAGUGAGGGGUUUGGGGCGACGAGGGAGUUUUUGGAGAGGAGGUUUGAGGAUAGUAGGGUGGUGGGGGAGGCGGUGGGAGGGGUGGGGGAGUGGGUUGGCUUUCAGGCGGGGGCGGCGGUGAAUUUGUUGAGGAGUAAGGGGGUUAGGAUUUGA